GUCCCAGCAACCAAACGGCGUGUACCCACAAGAGACAUUAAAGAUAUAUACCAAAAGCGAUCAGAUCCAAAUCAAGUCAAAACCAAAGAUACAAAACCCGGAACGCAGGCAUUCACACCGUAUCACCCAGUUGAAAGACAUUUUUCUUGUUUUUUUUCCGUUGUUAAAUCAAAAGAAGAAGCGUUUCUCAAAACGUGUGCAUUUUGCAUUGUGAGUGGAUCGAAUCGAAACGGAAAUUGGAAGCCCGACAUAUCGAGGAAUUCCAGCCAGCCAAAAGCCAAAAACUAAGAGGAGCUACUUCUAAAAACACCAAGAAAAGCAAAAGUGUUGCGAAUUCGCGGUGACAAAGGGCCGAAGAGCAAAGCGGCCAACCACCCAACUAUCCAACCAUCCAACUGCCACUUUCCGGACCAGUUUGCCCGGUACCACUAGGCCACCAAUCUGCAAGAUCCCAGCCAGAACCCGGAACCCAAUAAGGCCAAGCCCGGUGGAACUAUGACGGACGUAUCGCACGAAUUGGGCGCCCUGCGCUUCGUGGUGGACUCACCGCUGUCCUCCAAAGUAGCCAUGUUCAACAACCAGGCGACUCAGCACAAGCAGUCGCAGCUGCUGAAUCCCUUCUCCCAGGACGGACGCGCCUCCUCUCCGAAACCGACUUUCUCGAAGGAUCAGUAUGGAAAACCACUGGCCGGCAGCCUCACGGAGAUGCGUGGCCAGAAGGCCAACAUCCACGUAAUGAAGGAGAUGCUGGAACUGUGCCAGAUCAUCAAUUCGGAGGGCUACGACGUCAAGGACGAGCCCACCAUGCGCGUGAUUCCCUUCGGCGAGCUGUUCAAUAUCUACAACUACAUCUCCGACAAGGUGGUGGGCAUUCUGUUGCGCGCCCGCAAACACAAGUUGGUGGAUUUCGAGGGCGAGAUGCUGUACCAGCGGCGGGAUGACAAUGUGCCGGUGUUCCUGCUGAAGCCCAUCAAGGAAAUCCGCGCCGAGAUGGACGCCAAGAUCGAGGACAUCAAGCGGGCGGCCAGUCCCGCGCCACCGCAGUCCACAUCGGUGCUGAUGGACCGCAGUGCGCACGAGCAGAAUCUCAAAUCGAGGACUCCCUCGCCGGCAGUGGGCAAAUCCGCUAAGGCCAAGUCCGCAUCGCCUGCGCCGGUGGCCAAGGCCUCUGCUCCAGCUCCAGCUCCAGCGGCUCCAGUUGUGGAAGCAGCUCCAGCAGCAGCCCCAGUUGUGGAUGCAGCUCCAGCAACAGCCCCUGCUCCUCCAGCAGAAGCCACUCCUGUGGCAGAUCCAGCUCCCUCUGCAGAACCUGCUCCUGCUGCGGAGCCCACUCCAGCAGCAGCUCCUGCUCCUGCUCCCGUUGAGAUUAAGACAUUGGCGCCGGGCGUGCCUGAGCCUGUGCCAGUGGCUGUGAUAGUCACGGAAGCACCACCAACCACAGAGGAAGCCACACCAACCAUCAGCGAACCGCAAACGGAGGAGGCAGCUGCUCCUUCUGCGCCUGCAGCCGCUGAGGACUUGCCCACAAUUGUGAUCGAAGCCACCGCCGAGUUUGUGCGCACCAUCAGCGUGGAGCAGCUGGCGCCCAGUCCCGAAGCAGUCGCCCAAUCCCAGCCAGAGCCCACGUCUGCCUAAGCCGGGGACCAAGGACUCGAUGGAAGGAAUAAACAUCCCCUGGAAUCGUUUAAAAGGAACUCUCGCAACUACUAAAGCGGCAGCUUUAAAUUGCAGUAGUUUAGUUUACGGCGUACUUAGUUUAAUUUACAAUUAGAGCAACACAACACUGAAGACAGAAUAUCGAGAGCGAUUAUCUAUUUAUUUAUAUGUAUCCAUUAACCGACGACCAAAGGAGCAAGUUUCCUCAAUUUUUUAAUCAUUACUUUAUGGAAAUUAAUCAAAGUUUUCCACAUACAAAAGUUGGGAAAGUGCAAAGCGAUAUAAUAUAUUAAUAAAAUAAAUACACGUACAUAGACACAGUAAAAAAA